AAUACCACGUGCGUUAGUUUAUUCGUAACAAUCGAUCUCGAAACGUAUAUUUGAUCAAAUAAGCCUCACGUAGCAAAUUCGCAAUUGUAUUAUUUUGAUGACCAAAUUCGACACUCAUAUUCAAAAGUUCCUCACUUUCGCGGUCUUGUUUUCGUGGACAAAAUUUGGGCGGAGUAAACCCUCUCGCUUCGCUUCUUCCUCUCUGAUGUUAGCCGGUAACACCUAGCACUCCUAGGUGGAUGCUACCAUACCGCCGCAUGUUUUAGAUAUUCUGAAUAUUUUUCACCGGUACCAACUCGUAAAUUAGGACUAGCAAAAUGUCAGCAAGUGCGGUGUAUGUGUUAGAUCUUAAAGGCAAGGUUCUGGUUUGUCGUAACUACAGAGGAGAUGUGGACAUGUCAGAGAUUGAGCACUUUAUGCCCAUCCUCAUGGACAGAGAGGAGGAGGGCAAUUUAUCCCCUAUCCUGGCCCACGGAGGGGUCCGCUUCAUGUGGAUCAAACACAACAAUCUGUACCUUGUAGCAACGUCUAAGAAAAAUGCCUGUGUCUCCUUGGUCUUCUCUUUCCUCUACAAAAUUAUCCAGGUUUUCUCCGAGUAUUUUAAAGAGUUGGAAGAGGAGAGUAUCAGAGAUAACUUUGUCAUCAUCUAUGAGUUGAUGGAUGAGCUGAUGGACUUUGGCUAUCCUCAGACUACUGACAGCAAGAUCCUUCAAGAGUACAUCACCCAAGAGGGGCACAAGCUGGACACAGGGGGCCCGCGCCCUCCUGCCACCGUCACCAACGCUGUGUCCUGGAGGUCAGAGGGCAUCAAGUACAGGAAGAAUGAAGUCUUCCUGGAUGUCAUCGAGUCUGUUAAUCUUCUGGUCAGUGCGAACGGUAACGUGCUGCGCAGUGAGAUCGUGGGCUCCAUCAAGAUGCGUGUGUUCUUGUCAGGGAUGCCUGAGCUGCGUCUGGGCCUCAAUGAUAAAGUUCUGUUUGAGAACACUGGCCGAGGGAAGAGUAAAUCAGUAGAGCUGGAGGACACGAAGUUCCACCAGUGUGUGCGUCUGUCUCGCUUUGAGAAUGACCGUACCAUCUCCUUCAUUCCCCCCGAUGGAGAGUUUGAGCUCAUGUCCUACCGCCUCAACACACACGUGAAGCCCCUGAUCUGGAUAGAGUCGGUGAUAGAGAAACACUCCCACAGCAGGAUUGAGUACAUGAUCAAGGCCAAGAGUCAGUUCAAGAGGCGCUCCACUGCCAACAACGUGGAGAUCCACAUUCCAGUUCCCACAGACGCAGACUCGCCCAAGUUCAAGACCACGGUGGGCAGUGUCAAGUGGAUCCCAGAGAACAGUGAGGUUGUCUGGUCCAUCAAGUCAUUCCCGGGGGGUAAAGAGUAUCUGAUGAGAGCCCACUUCGGUCUGCCAAGUGUGGAAGCAGAGGACAAGGAGGGGAAGCCCCCCAUCAGUGUGAAGUUUGAGAUCCCCUACUUCACUACCUCUGGCAUCCAGGUGCGCUACCUGAAGAUCAUUGAAAAGAGUGGCUACCAGGCUCUGCCAUGGGUUCGAUACAUCACACAGAACGGAGAUUACCAGCUCCGAACCCAAUAGAAGCUGCAGCAGAGGAAGGACCGACCCAUAUAUUUCCAGGAUGUAUAAUUACCUAUAGUCCUAUGUCAUGGACCGUUGUUGUCAACUGUCUUGUUAUUUUUGUUUUCAUUUCCAUCUUAAAGUUUGGUUCGAAUUUAAGUGCCAUAACACAAAAAUGAUACUCCUCUGAAAAUUCUGAAUCUAGGCUUUUAUUUGGUUAUUCCAAAAGCAGUUAUUCCAAAAGCAGUGAAAUGUAUAAUAUUUCUAGAGUUACUCAAAGGUAGGUCAGUUGCAAAUAAUAAAUACAGUUAUUGAUACUAUACUUCCCUGUGGUCUAGCGUUCUAAGCUGCUGUCUCCAGAUCACAUAUACCCCUGCAGCAUGGGGUUUGAAUCUGUACCACUGCUAUUUUCUCUCUCUUCUGUCUUUCCCCUCUAUCCUGCCCACUAAAAACUGAAAUAAGUGAGCGGGACUGACACUCCUUUUAAAGAAAAAAGGUACUUCCCCCUUUUCCAUCUAAAUUACAUGCUUGAGAUUUUGUUUCAUAGGUCAAUUUCAGGUGUUAAGUUGUGUGACCAACAAAACAGUACAGUGUUAUAAGAAGUUAAUGUGAAUUGACAAACAGCUUUCUUAAUUUCUCUGUUCCAUUUACUUGGUGAUAGCCUGACUCAAGGCUGAAAAAGCUCUUCAAUAUAUAUUGUCUGUGUGGCUGUUAUGAGAUGGGUUGCAUUGGUACAUUCAUGCAGGUCAAAGUGAGCACUUAAAAUAGACAAAUUGUAAUAAAAUAUGUGCCACAUUAGUUUUUAUGUUUGUGUCAGCACUCCAAAGUUACAGUACCUUUAUGCCACCAUUAACCCUCUUAAGAAUAAAACCCUGAAUGCUUAUUAA